GACUUCCUCUCCGUCUCUGCCAGGACCUGCUCCCGGGAGGGGGCGGGUCCAAGAUGGCGCCGAGCGCCGGGUGAGCGGUGCUUUGGCGGCGGUGAGAGACUUUCUCUGCGUGGGGCGUUCGGCUGGCGGGGGCGGGUCUGAGAGCUACCCGGGACUAGGCCCUCUGAAGGGCUUGUGUGGGAGCCUGGAGGAGGACGGGUCUCCGUCUCUCCACCCUGGGGUAUCACUCCUUGGGGGAGGGAACAAGGGGCUCCAGAAUGGCCGAGGAGAAGAAGCUGAAGCUCAGCAAUACGGUGCUGCCCUCGGAGUCGAUGAAGGUGGUGGCCGAGUCAAUGGGGAUCGCUCAGAUUCAGGAGGAGACCUGCCAGCUGCUGACUGAUGAGGUCAGCUACCGCAUCAAGGAGAUUGCCCAGGAUGCCUUGAAGUUCAUGCACAUGGGGAAGCGGCAAAAGCUCACCACGAGUGACAUUGACUAUGCACUGAAGCUAAAGAAUGUCGAGCCGCUCUAUGGCUUCCACGCUCAGGAGUUCAUUCCUUUCCGUUUCGCCUCUGGUGGGGGCCGGGAGCUUUACUUCUACGAGGAGAAGGAGGUUGAUCUGAGCGACAUCAUCAAUACCCCUCUGCCCCGGGUGCCCUUGGACGUCUGCCUCAAAGCUCAUUGGCUGAGCAUUGAAGGCUGCCAGCCAGCUAUCCCGGAGAAUCCACCCCCAGCUCCCAAAGAGCAGCAGAAGGCUGAAGCCACGGAACCCCUGAAGUCAGCAAAGCCAGGCCAGGAGGAAGAUGGACCCUUGAAAGGCAAAGGUCAAGGGGCUGCUCCAACCGAUGGCAAAGGGAAAGAGAAGAAGGCGCCACCCCUGCUGGAGGGCGCCCCUUUGCGGCUGAAGCCGCGAAGUAUCCACGAGUUGUCUGUGGAGCAGCAGUUGUACUACAAGGAGAUCACCGAAGCCUGUGUGGGCUCCUGUGAGGCCAAGAGAGCGGAGGCACUGCAGAGCAUCGCAACGGACCCGGGGCUCUAUCAGAUGCUGCCACGAUUCAGCACUUUCAUCUCGGAGGGGGUCCGUGUGAAUGUGGUGCAGAACAACCUGGCCCUGCUCAUCUACCUGAUGCGCAUGGUGAAGGCGCUGAUGGACAACCCCACGCUGUAUCUAGAAAAAUAUGUGCAUGAGUUGAUUCCGGCUGUGAUGACCUGCAUUGUGAGCAGACAGCUGUGCCUGCGGCCAGAUGUGGACAAUCACUGGGCACUCCGGGACUUUGCUGCCCGCCUCGUGGCCCAGAUCUGCAAGCAUUUCAGCACGACCACGAAUAACAUCCAGUCCCGGAUUACCAAGACCUUCACCAAGAGCUGGGUGGACGAGAAGACUCCGUGGACCACGCGUUACGGCUCCAUCGCAGGCCUGGCAGAGCUGGGACACGAUGUGAUUAAGACUCUGAUUCUGCCACGGCUGCAGCAGGAGGGGGAGCGGAUCCGCAGCGUCCUGGACGGCCCUGUGCUGAGCAACAUCGACCGCAUCGGAGCUGACCAUGUGCAGAGCCUCCUCCUGAAACACUGUGCCCCUGUUCUGGCAAAGCUGCGCCUACCACCUGACAAUCAAGAUGCUUAUCGGGCAGAAUUUGGGUCCCUCGGACCCCUCCUCUGCUCCCAUGUUGUCAAGGCCCGGGCCCAGGCUGCUCUGCAGGCUCAGCAGGUCAACAGGACCACUCUGACCAUCACUCAGCCCCGGCCCACGCUGACCCUCUCACAAGCCCCUCAGCCUGGCCCUCGAACCCCUGGCUUGCUGAAGGUCCCUGGCUCCAUCGCGCUGCCUGUGCAAACAUUGGUGUCUGCCCGAGCUGCCGCCCCGCCUCAGCCUUCCCCUCCUCCAACCAAGUUUAUUGUAAUGUCGUCCUCCUCCAGUGCCUCAUCCACCCAACAGGUCCUGUCUCUUAGCACCUCAGCCCCUGGCUCAGGCUCCACCACUACCUCUCCUGUCACCACCACAGUCCCCAGCGUGCAGCCCAUCGUCAAACUGGUCUCCACUGCCACCACCACACCUCCCAGCACUGCUCCCUCUGGGCCCGGCAGCGUCCAGAAGUACAUCGUGGUCUCUCUUCCUCCUACAGGGGAGGGCAAAGGAGGCCCAGCCUCCCAUCCUUCUCCAGCUCCUCCCCCAUCCUCAGCCCCCUCCCCGCUUGGGGGCAGUGCCCUCUGUGGAGGGAAACAGGAAGCUGGGGAUAGCCCCCCUCCAGCUCCAGGGACUCCAAAAGCCAAUGGCUCCCAGCCUCCUGGAUCUGGCUCCCCUCAGCCUGCACCUUAAUGCUGUUGUAUAUCUGUCAACGUUCUUCUGUCCCUGACUCUCUCUCUCUCUCUCUGCGCGCGCACACACACACACACGCACGCAGGGUGGAAGGGAGUAAUAGUUUGCUUCCUCCAUGUUACUUUUUUUUUUAGAUAUUGUACAGCCAGUUCCUCAGAAUAAAAGUUUGAUUUGUAACUUCUGA